UUAAGCGGUAAGCUAAGGUUACCGGCGCGCGCAUUGGUGUCCGUGCUACCGCCAUGGGGAGAAAGAAGCUUGGGAGAGUGGCGGGCGAGCGGAGGAAGCGCGCUUGAUCGCGAUCAACAGAUUAUUUCUCGCGAGUUGAGGCCGAUGGUGGAUGCUCCCGCCGGCGUUGAUCCGCCGAAGACCGGCACCCCCCGGCCGCCGGAAGAGGGCGGCGCCGCCUCCCCAGUGAAGAAACGAAGAGGCCGGCCCCGGAAGUGCGACACCAUCGCCGCCGCUGCCGCCACCAGCCCGCAGCUGGGCACCAAUGGUGGCGUCGGUCCAACCCCCGCCAGGAAGAUCCGGAAGAGGAAGAUCGACCCACUGAGCCCCCCACGAGUGGACGCGUCGCUCGUCGGCCAGUCGGUCCAUGGCGUCCUCGACGGCUCCUUCGACGCCGGCUACAUUCUCACCGUCCGGGUGGGCGAGACGGACACCAUCCUCCGCGGCGUCGUGUUUGGGCCGGGACUUUGCGUUCCCAUCACCACCGCCAACGACAUCGCUCCCAAUGUGAGAUUUGCCGGUGGAAGCCGCGGAGGUGCUGGAGGUGCUACUGCCACUGCUCGGCUUUCCAGCCCGGUCCCGGCCUCCUCGACCACUCCGAGUUCUUCGCAAGCGGUGGUAAUGCCACCGGCGCUGGCCGAGAACCCGCUCGACGUCUCCAGCUCCAGGCACCACACUCCAGUCAGAGAUCACCAGCAGCUCGGAUUUGCUCCUGUGGUGCCUCCCUUGUUUGGUGUCCAAACUCCCACUGCUGGAUUCAUCGAGGCCGGAAAGAGUUGUUUCGUAGAGCAGCAGCAGCCUCCUCCUCCUGAGCUCGGAUGCUCCCUUCAGCUUGCGAACGGAUCGUCUCCCCAGCGGGAGCAGCAGCAGCGGACUCUAGCGGAGGCUUCGAUCGAAGACAUGGAUCGGGCCUGAGUGACAACUGACCAAGAACAGUCUUUGUUUUGAGUGCUGUGCUCUUUUACUUAUUUAACUCGCGAGGUUCGGUUCCAAGUC